AGCAGAAUUUCUAGUAUGUGCAAAGCCACAAGGAAAAGACCCAGGGGAAAAUCAGAUUUCAAAGUCUAGAGACAUACUUGUUCUUUUUUGGCCACCUAAGGCUGUAUAUUUAUACCAUAAGGAGUAUAAUCAACAACAGCAUCUUCCAGUUUUGAUUUUACAGGGCAAGUGGUCCUGAAAUAAACAACCUUUAAGGGGUGGAGAGAGGGACAAGGUCCAGAAUUGCUGCCGGGUGGUGUCUGUGCGCCCCCUGCUGGGGGCUAAGACAUGUUCAUCUCAGAAGGCUGGGGCCCCAGGGUCCCUGGCCAAAGUUUUUGCCAGCACAAUAGGGACAGUUCUCUUGUGUGGGGAGGACAGCAUGUGGUACCAGAGACAGAAGCUGAUCCAUGGACCCUUGAGGUGGGGGAAUAGAUCUUUUCAGGGCACAAGGGACAAAGACAGGCAACUGGAUAAAGGCCCAGGUGUUGCCUGGGCCAUUGCUCCCACGUACAGGAACACGACCUUGUGGGUGAGGACACGCUGUCCUCCAGCCAAGUUAAUAACUUCCUCCCCCAGCCAAGGAAUAUAGCUCUGCGUCUACAGCUCCUGCUCAAACUGUCAAAACCACCCUGCAGCUCAGGAUCAAGGAGCUGGGUCACAGGAAGGUCGGUUUCGGGAUACCCCCCAGGGACUGCCUUCUCCCCGGAAUUCCAUCAUGAAGGCCCAUAUGCUUGUAGGUGUGCUGGUCAUGGUGGGCUUCGCAGUGGCAAAAGCCCCUGUUCCUGAAGUCCGGACCUGCCACCUCUGCCUCUUAGAAGACCCUUCUACAGGGUGCAUUUCAGGCUCAGAGAAGUGCACCAUCAGCACCCCAUCACCAUGUAUGGUGAUCACCAUCUAUUACGAUACCAAGAUUCGUUUCUUCAUCCGAGGCUGUGGACAGUAUAAUUCUUACCGCUGCCAAGAAAAACGCAAUACCUACUUCUCGGAGUACUGGUACCAGGCCCAGUGCUGCCAGUACGAUUACUGCAACUCCUGGUCCAGCCCCCAGCUCCACAGCUCCCCACCUGAUCCCCCGGCUGGGGCCUGGGCCUUGCCCCUGUCCGAGUCCCAGAUCCACUGGUUCUACCAGGCCCUGAAUCUCUCACUGCCCCUCCGCAGCUUCCAUGCUGGGAAGGAGCCCAAAGGGUUGGACGCCCCGGCCAUCCUGCCCCUGAACCUGAACUUGUCCAUUGCUGACCUGCGUCGCAUAUAUUUGUUCCUCAAUAGCUCAGGACUUUUGGUUCUUCCCUGGGUUGGGCCCUGAUGCCUUAGCCUUCCUGGAUUUCACUGCAUUCCAGCAUCUCUUCCCUAACACCACAGCCCUGCGCUGCCCUCUUAAAACACUCAUGUUCUCUGCUCUCUGAUUUCUCUGGCCUCCCUUCCUCUGUACUUCCAGCGUGACUAUGGCUUUGGUGUCUUUUCUUUCCCAGAAACUGGUGGUGCUGGACCUCAUAGAAAAUAAUGAGUUUAGAGUCUGCCUAGGCCAGCCUGGGGAAGGCAUAGUGGCUUCUUCGUGUCCUUUCCUGUCACCGGAGUCCGUCAUCCCCCUCAUCUUUCCAAUCCUCUGGCAAUCUGGUCACUGCUGCCUCCAUUCAGAUCUGGUUGUAGAUCACAUCCUAUGCCCAUCUUAAGACCCAGACUGAACUUGCAGCAAGAAGAAUGAAGGGGAGACUUCCGUGCACAUUUUCUGACUAGCACUGUGCUGUCUCUGCCUCACUCCCUCCACCCCCACCCCUGCCCUGGUCGCCUGCUUCUCUCCUCUCAUUGCAGUCCCUGGCCUCCUCAGCCUCACUUCGCAUCACUGAGUCCUGACACCCGCUUCAGUAGAUGCCAGGGAAGGGGAGAGGAGAGACGAGGGUCUGGCCUGCUCUGCUCCACAUCUGCUUGCUCUCCACAACCUCCACAAUAAAUGGACUGGGCUAAGUCUGUGUCACACUGUUUAUGGGGUCAGGCUCAGGUGUGGGCAAGUAUAGACCAGUGAACGAAGGUUGAUUGGGCAUGGGGAUCAAACCAUCUACAGCCUGGCCCAUUCCACUUGGCCUUUGUGGCUUCCUCAUGGCUUGAACCCUGAGAGCCUUUAUCCAUCCCACCUUCUGCUUGGCUAGAGAUCUGUUCAGCUAUGAGGAUUAUGACUUCUCUCAGCUUUUGACUUACCCCACAGGGGUGCCUGGCUGGUUCAGUCAGUAGAGCAUGCGACUCUUGAGCUUGGGGUUGUAAGUUUGAGUCCUACGUUAGGUGUAGAGAUUACUUAAAAAUAAAAUCUUGAACUAAAAAAAAAAAAAACUUGCCCUAGAAACAAAACCUAGAAAGUUAAAACCCAGGUUACAUCAGGGUUUUCCAUCUAACAGAGGUGGAAAACUCUUCUUUGAACCAGGAAAACUUGGGAGCAAACCAAAGGGCCCAGGUCUGUAUCUCAGAGUUACCUGGUGCUGAGGGAUCUGGGUUUUUGCCUGUUGGUUCUUUUUAGGAUCCUGGCACCCAGGACCCCUCAGUAGGGAGCUAGGUUGGGGCAUGGAUGUUCAGAGAUACAUGGUUGGAGCUGCAGUGGUUAGAUCUUUCAUUUUGAAAAACUACAAGCAUACAGAAAGCAAUAAUGAAUAUUCAUAACUUUCCAUACAUGCAAUAAACACACUGCUUUGGGCUUGGUGUUAAUGAGUACAGCUAGGUGCCUGCCCUUCUGAGUCUUGUAAACCAGUGCUGGGGUUGUGAAACCUUUUUCUGAAAAGUAGUGCAGCUUUGUGGUUGGGGGACCCAAUCCUGGCUUCUCUGCCACUUGGCUAAGUUGGUCUCUCUACCUUACCUUGGUCACCUGUCAAAGAGGAAUAGUACUUCAUAGGAUUGAAAGAAUGCAUGUGAGUGUGUGCACAGGUGCAAAUUAGAGCCUCCAGAAUAGACACAUGCCUUAGGGACAAAGAUACAGAUUGUGGUGUUUGUGUAUGCAUGUAUUUAUUAUUACUACUAUUUUUUUUAAUUUUAAAGAUUUUAUUUAUUUGAGGGAGGAGGGGGAGAGGGAGAAGCAGACCCCCAGCUGAGCCAGGGAGCUUGGGGCGGGGCUCGAUCCCAGAACCCUGGGAUCAUGAGCUGAGCUGAAGGCAGACACUUAACCAACUGAGCCACCAAGUGCCUCUAUACUACUUUUUAAAGUAAUCUCGGGACGCCUGGGUGGCUCAGUCGGUUAAGCGUCUGCCUUCGGCUCAGGUCAUGAUCCUAGGGUCCUGGGAUCGAGUCCCGCAUCGGGCUCCCUGCUCCUCCCUCUGCCUCUGUCUCUCUCUGUCUCUCAUGAAUAAAUAAAUAAAAUCUUUAAAAAAAAAAAAAAACAGUAAUCUCUAUCCCCAACAUGGGGCUCGAACUCAUGCCCCCAAGAUCAAGAGCAAUACGUUGUACCAACUGAGCCAACCAGGUGCCCCUUUGGCCUAUUUUUAAACCUCUUUAGCAAAACAUACAGAAGCUUGCAUACACCAUAACUUGAGUUUUUGUAAACCACACACCUGUGUCACCAGUCCUCAAGUCCACAUAAAGGCCUUUAUCAGCACCCAAAGCCGCCUUUGUGCGCCCUCCCAGGCAUGUCUCCCAACUCAGCAGUAGCCACUGUCCUGAGUUGUAGCUGUUUAGAGGAAUUCUGUCUGUGCUUGAUAACAAAUGGCAUCAUACAGCAUAUAUUUUCACUUACACAUUUUGCACAUAUGUUAACUGAGUUCCAUGGCCCCUUUAAUGGCCUGUGCUCUGGCAGGAAGCACCGAUAUUAAUUUGUAGGUCAGGGAGCAGUUGGAGGUACAAAAAUAGGUCCAAACUUUCAGGGUGCCCCCCCUCUGGGCCCACUUUUCUCCAUCACCUCUGACUUCAGUGUAAAAGUCUAGGUUUAUACAGCUGUAGCAAGUAAAAGUGGAGGACGGUCUCAGAGGCUGAGGAACGCAAGGCCCAAAAUUCUGCAGUAACUUCCCACACCAUCCUUGAAAAGGGAAGCUGAGCCUGGGGUCAGGCCAGGGCUCCACGAGACCUAGCGGCUCUUCCAUAAAGCGUCCUGCCCGCCCCGCUCCCGCCACACACACACCCCCCCCCCCCCCGGCCCCGGGCCUGGGCCUGGGCCUCUCAGCUCCGCUUCCACCAGCACCUCUCCCCACUGUGGACCUCCCCUCCAGUUCUCACACAGUCCUGGAUUUGACCCCACUGCCAAGGAUGCCCCUUGCCCUUCCAGCCUUCCCUGCAGGAGCGCUUUGGUUCCUCUUCAUUUUUUUGUGCCUAGAGCUAAAUCCAAGACAUGGAGUUGGGGCAGGAGCAGAGCUCAGCAGAGCUAGGAGCCCCUUACCUGCCCCCACAGCAGCGCAGUCAGGCAGGAGCUCGGCCUCCACCACCACUAGAAGACACAGACAAGCCAUAUAGUUUGCACACCAAUGUAUUCGGGAAUAAGACCUGGGGACUUGAGGGGAGAGAGGCCCAUGGUGGGAGAAGGGGCAAAGCUGGGCUAAGGAGCAGCCAAGAGGUGGGAGAAGAGAGGAGAAAAGCUGUCAGACUGUGAGGACUUUAAGGCAAAACUCAGAGACUUCUGGAGAGGGAGCCUGGGGGAGGGAUAGAGUGGGAAAAGGGGUGUCGAGGGGUGUCAAACAAGAGGCAGAUAGGGCUGGGGUCCAGUAACUUGAGGGAGGCUGGGAGGGCUGGUAGAAAGAACUGGAAGUUGUUCUGGCUGUGCCAGCCAGCUGGAAAUCAGGAAGAUGAAAGGCGACUGGCAGGAUUUUAUUCUUAAAAGUCUCUGCAGAAAUUCUAAGGAAUAUAGAAGACUCUGUUCUGGGGGUUAUUGCAGAACUCCCGGAAGCAGCAUCGAGAAAAUAUCCAGAAGCCAAACACUGGAGAAGAGCGGGUAUAUGAACAAUCACUCAUCUGUUCCUUGCGGCGGCAGUCACUCACCAUGAUGUCAGAACCACUGUCUGGGGAAGGAUGGCAGCAACCAGUGAUACAGAGAUCCCAGGUCCCAGGCACAGCCCCAAGCCCCUCCAUCCCGUCACUCCAUAUGGACUUAGCAUCACUGCCCCCACACUCUUCCCUGGUCCCCCAAAAGGCAGAUUUCUGGAACUGGGCAGGGGCAGGGAAUGCCAGGGAGUCACCAGCUAUGAAUUCUGUGGAAGGUUAGUGGGAAAGAGCCACUCAAAAUACAGUGAUGGUUGGAGGGGGCUGAGUUUGGUCUUGCUGGGGAGGGGGGACCAGCACUUCGGCCGGGACCCUAUAAGGAGAAGUUGGGAGAGGCUUCUCUUUGAUAUGCUUGAAUACUCUGACAUUGGACCAUAUCUAUGUUUAAGAAGUGUAAUAAAAAGACUUGAAUUUGAAUUCGAAGGUAAUUUCAUGUAGUGGUUAAGAGCACCAUCUCUGUAGUGUUUUAAGAGUAUUGUAGUUGUUUAAGAGCACACAAACUAUGACUCAGCUUCUAGGAGACUUGGGCAAGGUAUUAACCUUUCUGUGCCUCUGUUUCCUCAUCUGCAAAAUGGGGGGGGGUAGUAAUAACAAUACCUAUCUCAGAGGGUUUUAAGUGCUUAGAAUAGUGC